AUGGAUUCGAAGCCCGCGAAGGCGAAGGAGCAACUUGCUCCCGUUGGGAAGCGUUCCACGCGUGUUAAAGGACCGGCACCGAAGAAAGUUGGCCGACCGCGAAAUUAUGCUCUGGUGCCAGGUCUCAUGCGUUUCAGCAAAGCCCGCAUGUACCAGCGGAAAGCCCUGUACAAGCGAAUCAAGCACGGCGAGAGACCUGCCCACGUAGGGGAAGGCGCCCCGAAACCCCGUAAGAUUUCCAAGAGGGCUGCACCGCGUCGCCCGUUGCCCCUGAAGAAGAGCCUGACCCCGGGCACCAUUUGCAUCCUUCUCUCCGGUCGCCACAAGGGAAAGCGCGUUGUGUUCCUGAAGCAGCUUCGCACUGGCCUCAUCUUGGUCAACGGUAAGAUCGCGUUUAUAUCUUGUUAUAAUACUUCCGCGGUGAUCCUGCGUUCGUAUACCCCGAGAAAAACUUCAUCAUACGUUUACUCGAGUUUCGGACAGCUCACGAGUGAAGAUACCUAUAUCGGAAUCUACGAUGAAAUGCUUUUCGUCAUUGGCCAUAUUUACGGAGUUUUAUUCGUUCAACGAUUGUGUGAAUCCUUCUACAGGUCCUUUCCGCGUGAACAGAUGUCCAUUGCGCCGCAUCGGCGUUUCGGCCCAGUAGCGAUGAGCAAGAACGACACGAAGAAGGAGCGUUACGUGGUGUCGGAUGACAAGAAGAAGGACCAGAAAGAAGUGGACAAGGUCAUCCUGACGGCAAUGCGGAAACACCCGGACGCAAAACUCAUGUGGAAGUAUCUGCGAGCCGUCUUCGGGCUUCGCCACGGAAUGUUUCCUCAUAAGAGGCUGUUCUGUGAGGACUACAUCCUGAAAGAGGUCAUGGACAGUGGGCUCUUCAAUGACCUGAAAGACUACCUGGAUUUGGGGUCUCUUUCAUCCCCUGACACGACCCAAAGGACUUUCAUCGCAAUGAGGAAUGAAGCGAAACCGGAUCCGAUUCCCAUUUCUCUCAUGAAAUCCUGGCUGGAAGACAAAUUCCACGCACCAUCUGGUGUGUUCGAAGAAAACUUCGUUCCCUCCGACUGGAGUGAAAUACCCGAGAAAUUCGAUAAAAUUACGGACGAAGAUCUCCGGGAUUUUGCUUUGGUACUGAACGAUGAAUGGAAGAAGCUCGUGAAGAAGAUUCGGUUUGAAGGGUUUGCCUACAAUUCGAGAUAUUCCUUGUAUUAUUUGCCGAGUCCGUUUCCGGUGACUGGUGGUAGAUUCCGGGAGUUCCACUACUGGGACACAUACUGGAUUUUGAAAGGACUUUUGAGCAGUGGUAUGUGGAAGACAGCAAGAGGAAUGUUGCUGAACAUGGUUUUAUUGGUGGAAGACCUGGGAUUUGUUCCAGAAGGAGGCAGGGUUUACUAUCAGCACCGCUCUGGCCCUCCAAUGUUCAUCCCCAUGGUCAAGAUGUUUGAAGAAAGCAUGAGAGAAAUACUGGGCUAUGCAUUUCUUGGCACCAAAGCCCACAAUUCAUCAUUUGGGAUGGACACAUACUGGAUUUUGAAAGGACUUUUGAGCAGUGGUAUGUGGAAGACAGCAAGAGGAAUUUUGCUGAACAUGGUUUUAUUGGUGGAAGACCUGGGAUUUGUGCCAGAAGGAGGCAGGGUUUACUAUCAGCACCGCUCUGGCCCACCAAUGUUCAUCCCCAUGGUCAAGAUGUUUGAAGAAAGCAUGAGAGAAAUACUGGGCUAUGCAUUUCUUGGCACCAAAGCCCACAAUUCAUCAUUUGGGAUUGAUUACUUGGACAGUUUGGAGAACGAGUUGGAAUUUUGGCUGGAAAGUCGAUUGGUCCAAUUUAAACACGGAGGCAAGGAGAGGAUCGCUUGUCGUUAUUCCGUCGACAGCAAUUUUCCGAGAGCAGAAGAAUUCCCUGAAGAUUAUCGCAUGGGAUUGCAAUUGGAAAAGGCUGUGGAGAAAUUGGAUUAUUUUUCGGAAGUCAAAAGUGCUUCGGAAAGUGGUUGGCUGUCCUCGUCUCGUUGGAUGCCCUGGAAGAACAGCAGCGACUUUAGCAGUAAUUUAAAUUUGAAUCAAACAAGAUUUAUCGCUUGUCGUUAUUCCGUCGACAGCAAUUUUCCGAGAGCAGAAGAAUUCCCUGAAGAUUAUCGCAUGGGAUUGCAAUUGGAAAAGGCUGUGGAGAAAUUGGAUUAUUUUUCGGAAGUCAAAAGUGCGUCGGAAAGUGGUUGGCUGUCCUCGUCUCGUUGGAUGCCCUGGAAGAACAGCAGCGACUUUAGCAGUAGUGAUUUCAAGCAUUUGCCGGAAACCAGUCAAGUGUUGCCAGUGGAUCUGAAUGCCUUGAUGUGCUACAAUGCCCGGGUUUUGGCGGAAUACUACGAAAAGGUGACUGGUGACAAGAACAACGUCAUGGCUGUCAAGUAUCGCAAUACCAGUCGCAUGUUUGCUGAAGUCAUCAAGGACUUGAUGUAUGAUCCACAGAGUGGAUCCUGGUUUGACUUCAGUCUCCGCACAAUGAGUCAAAGAAAGGGGUUCUACCUGUCAAACGUGUACCCACUCUGGUUGGACUGCCUGGGUGACAACGUGAACAAGGAACAAGUGGGUCUCAAGUUUUUGCAGUACCUGAAAAAGAACAGGACCUCGACUUUCGGACGACGGAGUCCCCUGGGGUUCCCCGGCGGGGUACCCGUGAGCAUGACCCCCGACGGCCUGGACUGGGACUUCCCGAACGUGUACCCACCUCUGGUACACGUGUUGGUGGAGGCCCUGGGUUCCGUGGGCCAUCCUGACACGGAUGCCGCGGCUUUCCGCAUUGCCCAGCAACUGGUGACAUCUGUUGAGAGGACUUACAAUGAAACGGGACUAUUUUUCCGCAUGGAACAAGUGGGUCUCAAGUUUUUGCAGUACCUGAAAAAGAACAGGACCUCGACUUUCGGACGACGGAGUCCCCUGGGGUUCCCCGGCGGGGUACCCGUGAGCAUGACCCCCGACGGCCUGGACUGGGACUUCCCGAACGUGUACCCACCUCUGGUACACGUGUUGGUGGAGGCCCUGGGUUCCGUGGGCCAUCCUGACACGGAUGCCGCGGCUUUCCGCAUUGCCCAGCAACUGGUGACAUCUGUUGAGAGGACUUACAAUGAAACGGGACUAUUUUUCCGCAUGGUAAGGAAUUGA